CAGGAACCAUCUCCCAGGGCAGCCAGCCCGACCCUAGGGCAGUAACUGAUGUAGGCUGCUCAGGACGAGUGGAUUUAGAAUUCCAAAGACUGCCUUUCAACACCCACGACUCUCCAUUUGAAUUUUUGAAAACAGACUGCUCGUGAGAUCCGUAACUCCACACCCAGCUGGGGGUGUUGCAAAAUCCUAAACAGCAAACCUUAGCAGGCCUCAGGGCGUCCCAGAGCUGGUGGUGGGAAUUUCUAAUUUCUUCUCUAUCCAGAAACUGUCCUAAAUUCGACCAUCGCUCCCCUCCCCCACCCCAGUCCGUCAUCUUUCUCAUCUUUCCAUACCGAGAGUCUUCUAGUGCAUUCGGAACUUCAGAGCUCAAAAGCUGUUCUUUCACUUUCGUCUAGCACCCCGGAGACCAGUGUGGAUUACGUAGGCUCCAGCGGUGCAUCAUUAACAAGCCAGGGGCGUUUUCUCUUAGCCUCAGAAACUUUGUCCCCAGGGUCUGGUGGCGGCGGUGGCUGCAGAACUCCCGGGCUACAGAGCACGAAGACGGGAGCAAAGGGACUGACGUGCCCUGGGUCCUCUCGCUGAGCUCGGAGCUCCUGCAACCGGGAGUCUCUGAACUGGUCCGGUCCCUGUUGCUUGAACUUGAAGCAAGACUUCCCUCACUCUACCGCUGAUUACCACCAGCCCCCUACCAGAAAGGAAAGGGCAGCAUCAGAGAGAUGAUGUGGCUGUGGUUAGGACUCAUCGGGCAGAAGCUGUUGCUGUGGGGCGCGGCGAGCGCAGUCUCGGUGGCCUGUGCCACUGUCCUGCUCAACAUCCUGCAGAUGUUGGCGAGCUACGCGCGGAAAUGGCAGCAGAUGCGGCCUAUCCCAUCGAUAGUGCGCGCCUACCCCUUGGUGGGACAUGCGCUGUUGAUGAAACCCAACAGCAGAGACUUUUUUCAGCAGUUAAUUCAGUACACAGAAGAAUUCCGACACCUGCCACUCAUUAAACUUUGGAUUGGACCAGUGCCCCUCGUGGCCCUUUACAAGGCAGAGAACGUGGAGGUAAUUUUGACCAGUUCAAAGCAAAUUAAUAAAUCAUUUAUGUACAAGUUCCUACAGCCAUGGCUGGGACUAGGACUUCUCACAAGUACGGGGACCAAAUGGCGCUCCAGGAGGAAAUUGCUAACGCCCACAUUCCAUUUUACAAUUCUGGAGGAUUUCUUAGAUGUCAUGAACGAGCAAGCAAACAUAUUGGUUGAGAAGCUUGAAAACCAUGUCAACCAGGGAGCAUUUAACUGCUUUGUUCACAUCACCCUUUGUGCUUUGGAUAUAAUCUGUGAAACAGCUAUGGGGAAGAACAUUGGAGCUCAAAGUAAUGAUGAUUCCGAGUAUGUCCGUACAGUAUAUCGGAUGAGCGAUAUGAUACAUCGUAGAAUGAAGAUGCCCUGGUUUUGGCCUGACCUUUGGUACCUUAUGUUUAAGGAAGGACGGGAACACAGAAGGGGACUCAAAAGACUACAUACCUUCACCAACAAUGUCAUUGCUGAACGGGUCAAUGACAUGAAGGCAGAGGAAGACUGUGCAAGUGCAGGCACGGGUUACUCCAAAAGUAGACGCAAGGCCUUUCUUGACUUGCUUUUGAGCGUGACUGAUGAGGACGGAAACAGGUUAAGCCAUAAGGACAUCCGAGAGGAAGUUGACACCUUCAUGUUUGAGGGUCAUGAUACAACUGCAGCUGCAAUAAACUGGUCCUUAUACCUAUUGGGUUCUUAUCCAGAAGUCCAGAGAAAAGUGGACAAGGAACUGGAUGACAUGUUUGGACAGUCCCUUCGCCCUGUCACCUUGGAAGACCUGAAGAAGCUUAAAUAUCUGGAUUGUGUCAUUAAGGAGACUCUAAGAAUUUUCCCCUCGGUCCCUUUAUUUGCCCGGAAUCUCAGUGAAGACUGUGAAGUCGCUGGUUACAAAAUUUCAAAAGGCACACAAGCAGUCAUCAUUCCGUACGCAUUACACCGAGACCCCAAAUACUUCCCAGAUCCUGAGGAAUUCCGGCCAGAGCGGUUCUUUCCCGAGAACUCCCAAGGACGCCAUCCCUAUGCCUACGUGCCCUUUUCUGCUGGACCUCGAAACUGUAUUGGUCAAAAGUUUGCUGUGAUGGAGGAGAAGACGAUCCUUGCCUGUAUCCUGAGGCGGUUUUGGGUAGAAUGCAACCAGAAGAGAGAAGAACUGGGUCUGUCUGGAGAUUUGAUUCUUAGGCCAAAUAAUGGCAUCUGGAUCAAGCUGAAGAGGAGACGUGAGGAGCCCUAACUUUGUCCUUGAGACUUUAUCAUGAUGAAGAUUGCUCUGUAAAACGUGGUAUUUGAAAUUUUUAGAUUGUGAGCCGAAAACUCCGAAUCCUCAGACAUAAUGAUUUUCUUGUUCCCACUGAUCUUGGGAUCCAGUCCAUCACAGAGAGUUUUUGUAUGUUUUAUGACCAACAUAGAUGCCGUAUCACACCUGCUGUUAGUCUCAAAGGUACUGCUAGCUGAGUUAGCACCGAAAUAAACAUACAAUAAAAUUAUAGCAGAAGGAACCAUUAACCUAUUCAAUUUUAUUUGUUUCAUCCAAAAGAUGUCAUUUAAAUGAAACUUUAGAAUUAAGAAAAUGAUCUUGUUGACUCUGAAAUUCAUAUGAUAUCCUUUGAAAAUGGUGGGUAGUUAAACUCUUCGGCAAAGUGGCCUUAGGUUUUUAUCUCAUUAGUUAUGAGAUAAGUACUUGUCACAUCUCUUUCAGAUUUUUAUCAUGGAAAAUAGGUCCCCUGCAUGCCCGACUCAAGUGACUGUCAUCUUGUUGACUGUGAGAAAGGAUCUCCUGUUCUUGUUGGAGUUCCAAUCACCUUUUAUAUUAUGUUAUUGGAAAAGAUUCCUCUCUACAACUUUCAACCUCUCACAGUACCUCAGAAGCUCCAUUAGUGGCCUUUGAAGUUCAAGUAGCCACAGAAACUCUCUGCUGAUGCACCAUUCUAUUAAGAUUGGGGCAGCCAGGCAUUGGUGGCACACACCUUUAACCCCAGCACUCAGGAGGCAGAGGCAGGUGGAUCUCUGUGAGUUUGAAGCUACUCUGGUCUACAGAGAGAGUUCAAAAAAGAGUAGGGGCAAAGGAUAAAGGAGACAGUAAAUUUCUGUUCAAGUUCUGCAACUAGUGCUAUGACUAUCCAUGAAUAAAAUGUCUACACUAGAGCUCUCCACUCCCUGAUAUACUUUCUCCAACAAUAUACUUUGGUUUUAUGGAACUCAGGACUGUAACUGGGUGGAUUAGAACUCGGGAUGCCGGCCUUUGUUGUGGGCAUGUCUUUUUUGUAAUUCCUCUACUUUUAGAGGAAUAAAGAAUCUAUCCUUUCAUAUUUGAUUACACUGUAAUAACACUUGCUUCAGGACUAGACAUCUAAUUAACUCAGCAGGGCUGAACAUCCCUGCCAAGCUGAUAACUGAAUUACAUUCCUUGGACUUUAAUUUGGUAUAUAAUAGUACUACUUCUCAUGCAAUGACUUUUAAGAAUUUCUUCUUAAUAAAUAAAUUUUUAACAGGA